AUGAUGAUGCUGAUUGAUGCAGUUUUGGCAGAGCUGAGUCUAAGCAUUCAACAACACUAUAAGCCUUCAUCGUUAGAAGAGAAUGUUCAAAUGAAAGCUGAGUUUCUGGGAAACUGGGUAUCAGAUCUGUGUAGUAUCAUGAGAGGAAGUGGAGAAGAGACAGUGGCGUGGAAAUACUUUACCAGAGAUGUUGUGCCGUUUGCUGCAAUGUUUACAGUUGAGUGUACCACUGUUGGGUCAAACACACUCUUCAAGGCUGCAAGUUUAAGAGGAUUGAGCUUUUAUGUCUUUCUCUUCUACUCUUACGUUGUUGCUACACUUCUCCUUCUUCCACUUUCUUUCAUCUUUGGAAGGUCAAGAAGAUUACCUCCAGCCAAGUCUCCUCUUUUCUUCAAGAUAUUCUUGCUUGGGCUUCUUGGGUUCAUGGCGCAGCUAGCUGGAUCUUUCACAUUCACUCUCGCUGUUAUCUUCAGGAUGGAAAGAGUAGUGUUAAGGAGCUCUGCAACUCAGGCUAAAAUCAUUGGCGCAAUAGUGUCUAUAUCUGGUGCUCUGACUCGGGUCAUGGAGGUAUACCCUGAAGAAAUAACUGUAGUCUUCUUCUACAACGUAUUUUCAGUGCUAAUCGCAGGACCAGUAUGUUUAUUUGCGGAAAGCAACUUGACUUCUUGGGUGCUUAAACCUGAUAUUUCACUCGCUGCUAUCAUAUACUCGGGAGCCUUUGUUUCAAUAUUUAGUGCACUUAUCCACACAUGGGGUCUGCAUCUGAAAGGUCCGGUGUACAUAUCUUUGUUUAGGCCAUUGUCGAUUGCCAUUGCAGUUGCCAUGGGUGCUAUAUUCCUAGGCGAUGCGCUUCACCUUGGGAGUGUCAUUGGAUCAGUGAUAUAG